UAUACACUCUGAACUGAUGACGUGGGCAUUGCUAAAGGCUACUUAGCUGUUCAAAACAGUAAACCGGUGCAAAAGUGGUAGGCUACAUAAUACAUACCAAGAAAAAUACGUCUUGUGGAACGUUAGAUAAAGGAAAAUGGAGACAUUGUAUCAUCAGACGAACAAGCAAAUCCAAGAGGUGCAAUCCUACAUGGGGCGCCUGGAGUCGACAGAUCGUCAGUCUGUCCACUUGUUGGAGAAUGAGCUUCAAGCCAGAAUCGAUCAGAUUUUCAGUCAUUUGGAGCGUCUGGAGAUCCUGGCCAGCAAGGAACCACCUAACCGCCGCCAAAAUGCUAAACUACGGGUGGACCAGCUCAAGUAUGACGUGCAGCACCUCCAGACAGCCCUGAGGAACUUCCAGCACCGGCGCUACUCCAGAGAGGCCCAGGACAGAGACAGGGAGGAACUCAUGAGUCGCACCUUCACCACCAAUGAUGCAGACACCUCUAUACCCAUAGACGAGACGCUCCAGUUCAACUCCAGCCUCCAUGACGCACACAGGGGUAUGGAUGACCUCCUGGGCAGUGGUGGCAGCAUCCUUGGUGGCCUGAGGGACCAGAGGGGCACACUAAAGGGGACUCAUAAGAAGAUGCUGGACGUGGCGAACAUGUUGGGCCUGUCCAACACAGUGAUGAGGCUGAUUGAGAAGAGGGCAACCCAGGAUAAGUUUGUCAUGGUGGGAGGCAUGCUGAUCACCUGUGUGCUCAUGUUCCUGGUGGUCAGGUACCUGGGCUAAACGCCUCACAGCUGGCGUCGCAGUUUGGACUUGCAGUUCAGGGACUUCUCAGUCCAGGACAUUUCUGCCUAAUACCCCACAUGAUAUGUGAAUGGUGAACAUCGUCUUUGAAUCUGAGUUUCCUAUCAUCUAUGGUUAUCAGAUUUGGGAAAUACGAAUAUUCCAAUUUUUAUGCCACAUUUUAUGUAUUAAGUAGCCGGCACCCAUUAACUAAUGAUUGAUGAUAUGCAAGACAUGACGUUCAUGGAUUCUACUCUAAACUCCAGGAUACAGGUAUAGGAGAGGUUGAUUGUAACUGUUUGUCUGAUUGACAGCUGUAAGUUGUAACACUGUCCUUCAUGGAAGUCAGUGUAACAAUGCAGUCUAGUUAUGAGAGAACGUUUACACAGUCCACCACUUUCAGCUCACUUGGCCUUUGUCUCCUCAAAAAGAAGCUUGUCCAAUUGCCUGAUGGAUUCUAUGUGGUGUAGUUUUGUUAAUUCUUGUUGAUCGUCAGCACAUUUUCUCAAUUCAUUUGACUGCCAUUCAACCAAUCAGAGGAUUUGUAUUUGAAAGUAUUGAGCUGUUGUCUGAUGACACAUACUGGUAGCUGAGGACACACCAGAUGAAUGAUGCUGCCUGACAUGUGCGACUAACAUGACCUCACUGUGUGAUUCUAAUCAGUGUACAGCAGGGAAGGAGUGGUGGUCACACAACGGUUACCUGCUUGAUUAUAAAUUAAGGAACUUAGGACAACUUGGGAGUUUGUAAACACAAACCUGUCGUAGUAUCCAUUGUGUUUGACAACAUCUUUAUUUAUGACUAUUCUUGUGAACUUCUCUGGAAAAUAUGCUUGGUCUUAGUCUCACUAUGUGAGUGUAACCAAAGUUCUGGAUUGAAUAAAGAAAUGUACAGACUAAUGUGUGUAAGAAUCCCACUAUUUAUAAUUGUAUUUGGGUACUGUGUCGCUUUCAAAAACACUAUAAAUGUUACAAUACAUUUCAGUACAAAUCUUACAUUUAUUUGCCUGGACUUUUCCAACAUUACAUGCUGUCACCCAAUUUGUGGUUUGAAUGUACAACCACACUGCUAUUGUGUAAGGCCUUUCCCUCUACCAUUCCAAAUAGAAUUAGUGGAAGCUUUCUAAAGCUGAGGCACUUGAGACCAAGUCUAGGGCUCAGUCCAAACUCCAGCCUUGUCCUGACUGAGCAUGGACCAUUAAACUUUCUGACAAAGAAACGGCUUAUCUACAUUAAGCUGUGGAACACACAUGGAACUUUGGCGCCAUCUAGUGACUUUGUUUGGAAGGUCAAUGGGCAUGACUGUGUUUCUUCUUCAUGUAGAACAACCUAUAUGGCCACAACAAAAGGGCCAGAAGAGAAUAAAGACUGACAGUUAUGAACUCAAAACUUUAUUUGCAGAUGCAUAAUAAGGUUAAAAAAGACAUAACAUUGCUGCCAUUGUACAGGCCACCACUUCACCCUGCUCCCCAGAACCCAGCCCUUCCUAUACAGAAGUUCAGAAAUAGCCUUGAUAAAACACAUGCGCUUGUCCGCCUUUGUUCAACGUUUUUACAUGGUCUAUCUGCAUGUUUGUUUUUGAAACAGUAGCUACAAACAAAAGCUACAGACUUUAGAAUGUUAUUGGUUUUAACUACGGCAAUUUUAUUAUUUACAGUAAGCAAAAAGUACACAAGGGGGAAAAUCUCCUUUUGAGGAGAGUUUUGGAAAUAAUUUAAAAACAAACCCCCCCCCCCCAAAAAAAACAAUUAUUGCGGUAUACUACAAU